AUGCUGUCAGAGGAAAACUCCACAGAAAACUUGACUCUCCAGCCUUCGACACCAUUAGGAAAAGAGAGCGUGCUUCUCAGCAAGGUGGCUGCUCAACAAGAGAAAACAGCCACUUUUGGUAGAAAACUCUGGGAGUUCUUCAAAAUCUCCGUUUUGCACUAUCCCAGUGACUUUGAACACUACGUCAGGGACGUGGAGCCCAACGACUGUACAUUUGUUGCCAAGUAUUCAAAGGUAGUUACGGUAGACUUGCGCCAUUGUGCCAAGUUGUCGGUGGACAAUGUCACGUUGCAUGGACUUCAUGCUGUGCAUCCACUAAUCAAUUUUGCCAAAGAGGAGCCACUAGCGCCUGAGAUGUUGAAGGAGGUCGACGAAUCGCCUGCAUUGAUGUUUAUCCACGGGUUGGGUGGCCAGAUGUCACAGUUUGAGCCUGUGAUGUCGUUGUUGGCCCAAUGUCUGGAAAUCUACGCUUUGGACUUGCCUGGAUUUGGAGAUUCCCGAAUGGAUUUUUCGGGCACAAAAUCAUCUUUUUCCGAAGAGGAAAAACAGAAAAUUUCUUCCAGCGUCAGGGCCAUGUCCUGGGAUGAUUUUGCCACUGAAAAUAUUGUGACGAUCAUUGUAGAGUUCAUCCUCCAGCACAUCCCUCCAAACAAGAAGAUCAUGCUUUUUGGACACUCAAUGGGCACGCAUCUUCUGAUUAAAGUGGCCACGCGCUUGGAGAAACAGAAGGUUGAGGGUCUCGUGCUUCUUUCGCCACCAAGUUUGAUUAAUGAUGUCUCAGGAGAGGAAGCCGUCAAAGGAGGACUGAGCGUGUUUGGCAUGAUGCGACUUUUCACGUAUUUUCCAUUCUUGAUGAAUCUUUUUAGAGUAUGGGACCGUCUAGAAGGUCUCCUGAGCAAGAGCGUCCUUCGACAGGUGCCAAAAGACUCGAGCAUCUACGUGAAAUUGAGACAAUUCAGAUGGAACUUGGAUGUGGAUACUAACGUGGUAUUGCGUUACGCCAAUGGCUUCGCAAAGGCCACCUAUUCAGAUAUUGUUACCGCAAUCUCCAACUUUAAUAAUGUCUCUAGCGAUACCCGCAUCUAUGAGAAGACCGUACUUUUAGGUGGGUUGGAGGACCAUGUGACCCCAAUUAAGGUGUUGGAAGAUGUGCAUAGCUUUCUCUUGGAAUACUUCCAGAGGGAGGUGUCGAAGGUGACUGAGGUCAAGAAUGCGGGUCAUUCGCUCCUUCUCCUGAAGCCUGAAUUUAUCAGUGGAAUGAUCCUCAACCACUUGGAGUUGUAUUUUCCUGAAAGAUUGCACCUAUCUCCAGCAUGGGUACUUAAGCUCAAGGCAGAUAUCUCGGGUGACAAGUGGGGGUUGAAGAACGAGCUCAAAUGGCUGCAAACUCAAGGAAUUUCGUUCAAUAUCGUUCGCAAGAAUUCAAAGAAUUGGAUGGCUCCAUUGAUUGGUAUGAAGACCUUGCGAGAAGGUGACUCCGUCCAUUCACCAGCCAAAGUGGAGGAUAUUUUCUACGGUGCUGGUGCCACCAACGGAGAAAAGCAAGUUUCUGGUAAUUUAAUUGCGAUUGUGGAUAUCUCAGCAGACAUUCCUCCAUAUUCUCCAAAAGCAUUGAAGCAUAUUAAAUACUACAAAUGUGCCACGGUGUCGAAAGUUGUUCCAGACCACAUCGCUAUUCGACGUUUCAUCCAGUUGAUAGACGACAUUUUGAGUUCUAAUACAGUGGAGAACCCAUUGAUUGCCGUGCACUGUCACUAUGGCUUUAAUCGUACGGGUUUCUUGAUCUGCUGCUACGCCGUGGAAAGGCUCGGGUGGAGUGUGAAGGAAGCCGUUGAAGGCUUCAAGAACGCCAAGCCUCCCGGCAUAAAGCAUCGACACUUCAUUGACGCCUUAUAUGUGCGGUACGAAAGCUAG